GACGUGCUGAAGCAGCAGGUCUGUAACUGGAGCUCAUGAGGAAUCCGCUGACGUUCUUCCUCAGGACUGGCAGUGAAGAUGAGCGGAGAAGAGUCAGGCGUUCCUCAGGAUCUGCUGGAGAGCGUUCAGGAUGCCGUCGGGAAGCAGGUCAAGCUGUGUUUGGUUCAGAAGGUCAACCUGGAGGUCAAAGGUGACAAACUGGAGAGCAGAAUCCUGGCUCUCGCUCCUCAUCGAGUGUUUCUGCUGAGCACACGAGUGCCUGCUAAAGUCGAUCAAUCCUUCAGUGUUUUUGACAUUCAGAGCAUCAACAGUGUUAAACAGAAGCAGCUGCUGGUGGACUAUGACAGAGGGCAGCUGUCUCUGAGACUCCCGUCUGAUCAGGACACUGAUGAUUUUAUUGCACUAAUAGGAACAAACAUUCAGGAGAUUUGUCCAGGACUCGACCCGCUGAGGGUAAUAAAGAAGCUUGUGUUAAAGCCGGUGGAGAGAAUCACCAGUUUACAGACACUCUGGGAAAAUCACAGUCCAGCUGAAGCAGGACCCUGCGGCGGUUUCUCGCGUCUCUACUGGUGUGUGUGCGAUCAGAUGGGCGUUCCCUACAGGGACGAGGUGCAGUGGGACGUGGACACCAUCUAUCUGUCUCAGGACACGCGGGAGCUCUGCCUGCAGGACUUUAUACACCUGGACAACAGGGAUCUGCUGGCCAUCACUGCUGCGCUGGAGUUCAACCAGUGGUUCAUCAAACUCUCCAUAAAGGACUUUAAACUGACUGCAGAUCUGUGUGAUCAGAUAUUCAGAGUUGUGUCUCGAUCUACCAGACUAGAGGAACUGACUCUGGACAACACCGGACUCAAGAGUGAUUUCGCUCAGAGGUUUGCUGCUGCGUUGAGUCAGAAUCCAAACUCAGCAUUAAACACGAUCAGUCUGACCAACAACUGUAUUGAAGAUAAAGGUGUCAUGUUUCUGAGCGCUGCACUGUCCAAACUCACACCUGGACUGAAACAGCUGGACCUGUCCAAGAACUCACUGUCAGCUAAAGGUGUGAAUGUUCUGGCUCAGUGUUUCUGCUCCACGUCACUCACACACCUGAAUCUGUCUGGAAACACACUCAGAGGAGAGGACAUGCCUCACCUGUGGAGUUUCCUGUCUCAGCCCAACCAUCUGCACACACUCGACCUGUCGAACAGCGAAGCUUCCCUCGACCUGGUGUGUUCUUCACUGCUGCGCGGCUCUCUCAAACACCUGACCGUUCUCAACAUGUCCAGAAGUGUCUUCAGUUACAAGAGAGGGAAAGAGCUGCCAUCCUCCUUCAAGCAGUUCUUCAGCAGUGCUUCGUCCCUCAAGAACAUCUGCCUGUCUGGAACCAAACUACCUGCUGAAGGACUCAAAGCUCUGCUGCUUGGUCUGGCCUGUAACUCAAACCUGAGAGACAUCGCUCUGGACAUCAGCGGCUGUGAGUUGCGGUCAGCAGGCGCUCAGAUUCUGGAGGGCUGCAUCGCUGAGAUCCCAAACAUUACCAGCCUGGAUGUGUCUGACAACGGGCUGGACUCGGAUCUGUCCACGCUCCUCGUGUGGCUCGGGAAGAACCGCUCCAUCAAACACUUGUCCAUCGGCAGGAACUUCAGCAACAUCAAAACCAAGAAUCUCGGGCAGGUUCUGGUCUCUGUGGUCCACAUGAUUCAGGAAGAGGAUUCUCCGCUGGCGUCUCUGUCUCUGGCCGACUCGCGUCUGAAGGCCGAUCUGUCAGUGGUUCUGAACGCUCUGGGCGGGAACAGCAGUCUGACCCAUCUGGACAUCAGCGGGAACAACAUGGGCGACUUUGGGGCGAAGAUGCUGGCCAAAGCUCUGCAGAUCAACACCAAACUCAGGACGUUGAUCUGGGACCGUAACUGUGUCAGCGCUCAGGGGCUACAGGACAUGGCUGCUGCUCUGGAGAAGAAUUACACCAUCAGGUUCAUGCCGGUUCCCAUCACAGACGCGGCUCAAGCUCUGAAGAACAGCCCGGAGAAAACUGAAGACGCCCUUCUCAAGAUGGAGCAGUAUCUGCUGCGUAACCAUGAGAGCAGGCGAUAUCUGCAGGAUCAGGCCUUCCGGCUGCAGCAGGGCUUCAGCACCAGCACAACACAACAGAUGAUGUCGCAGGUGUGUGUGCAGGUCCAGGAUCAGUUGAACUCUCUUUGCUUCAGUAAGAGUGACAGAGUUCAGCAGGACAUGAAGGCGGCCGAGAGCCUGAUGAGAGACGCCAAGAGCUCCACAACACUGCUGCGCAGUCUGUAUGACCAGCGCUCAGGCGGGCGAGCGGCGUGCGUCAGUGACGGGUCAGCGGGCGUGUGUGUGCAGCAGGUGCAGGAGAAACUGUGUUCAGUGGCAGGAGAGCUCAGUGUGCUCAUAGACCAGCAGCUGCAGGGUUUGCUGGUGUCGAUGUUGGAUACGGCGCAGAGUGUGUGUCCUCACGUCAUGCAGCAGGCGCGUUUGCGUGAGGAUCUUCUACACGCCAGCGAGGGGAGGACGAGUGUGUCGAAAGCCUUCAUCACCUCCACCCUGCUGGAGCAGUCGGCCAUCGACAUCAUCAAUAAGAUCAGUGAGGUGAAGCUCAGUAUGGCGUCGUGUCUCUCUGAAUACAUCACUGAUGAGAUCUUACAGUCUCUCUCUCACUCUCAACACACACUGGCAGGUCAUCUGAGCAGGAAAGGUCAGCAGCCGCUGCUCCAUCAUGAAUCACAGGAGACAGAAGUUCUAGACGAGACAGAAAUGCAGACAAACAACCUGAUGCCAGCAGAACCAGAACCAGAGCCACAGCGGACACAUAGAGCCAAGAGGAAGAGCAUUCACAGCAGGAUGUUCAGACCCAUGUCCGCCGCAUUCGAGCUGGACUUUGAUCUGUGUAAGGCGUUAGAGGACGUGUCCUUCUGUGUGGACGAUCUGCCUCUGCCGCCGCCCCUGACCCCGUCCCCUUCACAGCCAAUGUCCCCGCCCCCUGUGGAGGCGGAGCUACCGCAGCCUGAGCCUGUGAGCUUCAGCGACCUGCCCACCAGGGACACGCCCACUCUACAGCACAUCACCAAAUACAGGCCGCGGCGGACCAAGAAGGCCAAACCCAGCAGAGCCGCCUGUCAGCCAAUCAGCACAGACGCUGCGCAGGAAGUGGAUCAGAGCAGCUCUCUGGAUGAAGGCGUGCCGGAGUUCUACUCCAAAAAAGUCACCAACAUCGCAGCCAAAGUGUCUGCUGCGGACGCAGAGAAGAGCAGAGAUUCUCGUCUGAGCGGCUUCUUCAGCCUCAUCAAGCAUCGCGCCUCGACGAAAGCCACGCCCACCAGCCCCACCCCCAUCCCCACGGCAACCACGACAACGGUCUCCGUGACAGCGACAGAAACGGACGCCCCGCCCCCAGAGCCGGCUGUGAACCCAGAGCCUGUUGCGCCUGAGGUCAAAGGUCACGUGCAGGAGGGCGUCAAACGCGGCAGUCCGCUGACGGGGCAUCACAUGGGUGUGCAGGUGCUGGGCAACGACCUGCUGGCUGAGAUACGAGCCAAACAAGAGAAACGCAAGAAGGCAGGCGUGUCUCCAUCUGCUGCAUCCAAGGCUGACGCUCCUGAUGAAGGUGGAGAUCAUGGACACGCGACACCAGCGGUCCAGAAGGAGGCUCAAGAUGAACCUGCAGCCAGAAAACUCAAACACACACCUGCACACACACACAUACCUGCACACACACACACACUUGAACACACACACACACCUGAACACACACACACAGCUGAACACACACACACAGCUGAACACACACCGUCAUCAGAGCGCCACUCCAGCCGUCCGUCAGUGUCGUUCAGCUCCCCCGACUGCAUCAGUGAGUCCCCCCCGCGGGUGAUGCUGUCAGUCACUGAGGAGGCGGAGCCGGGUCCUGUCACUCACAGCACAGAGGGAGGAGCCUCACCUGACCCCCCUCCGGAGUCUCCGGCUGACGUCAGUGUGUUCGACACACACACCGCACCCACACUGACCGUCAGUCGCUCCAUAUCCUGCGGUCACCCCAGGACCGACCCAGAGGAGGGCGACACUGAGCGCCAGCGCACCAAUUCCCUCCCCACAGCCGCUCCGGCCAAUCACAGCUCUUGAUCACUUCUGAUUGACUGAUGUCUAACUCUGCUCAGACUGAAGCAGUGGCUUCUACUGUACUUUAUAUGUUUUUAACAAUGUUUUUUAAGCAUAAUUAAAUCAUUUCUAGUUAAAUGCAAACCAUGAGCGAGAACAGAUGCAUGAUUGAGCGAGAUCAGUGUUUCUAAACAAGGGGCUUAAAAUAGAUUACUUAAGAUUACAAGAUUACUUAAAAUAUUUAUAAAAUUGAAAUUGUGUAUUAAAAAUGAUAUGCUAAAAACAAAAAAAUCAAAUAUUUUCCUCCCAACCAGUGUUAUUUUCAUAUAAUUGAGAUACAAUUAUAGUCUUUUUUUAACAAUUUGAAUUUUCCGUUUAAUUUUUUUGAUUUUGUCAUUUAAAAAAAAAAUAUAUAUAUAUAUAGUUUAUAUUAAUUUUUAUUUCAUUGAUUAGUACAUCAAGCUAGGGUUAGAGUUAGUCAUAUUUCAGUUAAUGUUUAAUGUUAUGUUGUGUUAUGGAUUCAGCUGACUGUAAUAACCCUGUUUUCACUGAAGAACACUGAAUCAGAAUCUGGAAUCACAAAAUCAACUGUUGUUAAUUACUUUAAUAUAUCAACACUCACAGAUUUUGUUAAUAAAAAAGUUUGAAAUCA